AAGUGUAAUUUUACUCUCUAUCCUAAAUGCAAGUGUUGCAAGGUCUAAUGGCCAGCAGCUGGGGGUCCAGUAUGUGCAUAUUGUUUGCCUUUGUAUGUUGACUUGGAAAGACAUCAAGCUGGCCUAACUCCAGGUAUUGGAGCAGCCGUAAGUCUGGGCCGGAGGCUGGAGAGACCAGAGAGUCUGCAAGUUCACUACUGGCGAUACUGGGAGGUCUAGUCCAGCUACUGGAGAGACAUAACAUUACUGUGCCAUUGUCAUCAUCUACAGCCACUGUGAGAAUAAGAAAAAAGCUGUUUAAAAAUACUUUACAUUCUCUCCAUCCCUCUGGCAUUCAGAGAAGACGUAAGCAAAUUGCGGUACAGUCUGAUCAUGGGAAAAGGUAUACCACAUAUGUCUGAGGAGUUCAUCCAGGAGAAAUGCUGCUCCAAGGUCCACACAGUAGAUAAAGCCAGAGAAGGGGCAGGAAACCAGCACUCCUACAGCGUAGCUCAGGCAGGGACUGAGGGCCCAAAACUGAACUGGUAAGGCAAUUCUUGUAAUAGGCUGUGCAAGGAAAUCCAUGGUGAUACUGGUCAAGGCUAGUAAGGCCAAUUAGUGCCCUCAAGACCCUUGUAGGGUGUGCAUGAGUUUUUCAAAGAACUCUCUAGAAUGUGUCUCCAUGGGAUUUCAGCAAUGAGUGAGGAAGGCAUCCCAGCUCCUGGUGCCCUGAGAUACACUGGGAAGAAUUCCCCUGGGCAUCUAUUAUUCCCUUGGCAGGUCAUGGAAGGACACAGGGAUCCUUGAGUUGAGGUGUGUGUGGAUUGUGCAGUUGAAGCAAAGGGAGGUUAAACCAUGAAGUUCCAUGCCCUGUCCUCAUUUUGAAACCCUUGUUUGCAGUUUGCUGAUCUCUGCUGUUUGGUUUGUGUGGGGCAUGUAAAAAUGCAUCCACUGAUGUGUUUGUGGUGAGAGGACAUUAAUAUUUGAAAGAGGGGGGGAGAAGGGGAAAAAAAAAAGGCUGCCUGAACUUUUUUUCCCCUAAUUUUCUUCCAUUAUCUCUUUUUCUGCCUCUAUAAACUGUAUUGACUGAUUUGGGAUUCUGAUGACACAGCAUCUGCCCUCCCUUUCUGGAGCUAGACGGAAGGAAGUGGGGUAGAAAAUGAAAUAUCAGCUCCUAACCUCGGGUCAGAUCAGAUCACUGUUUUUGGUGCUGGUUCUAGCACUCACGGUGGGGAGCUCACCCCACGGGAGGGUAGCUCAUCCCCGACCCAGCAAGAACGGUGGCUCUGUGAGGCUUAGUGAAGAUUGCCUGAACCAAAAGAAUCUCAAGUUUCCUACCGUGGUGAAAGUUGACGUUCGUAUCAGCAAUUCAGAUCAUGCCUUUAGGUUGGUCCAUGAUGUCAGGAACCGGUCUCUCUCUCCUUGGGAUUACAGGCUUGAUGAGGACCCCAACCGCUUCCCUCAGGUGAUUGCUGAUGCCAAGUGCCGCCUCUCCAGCUGUGUGAACCCACUGGGGCAGGAGGACCACAGUCUCAACUCCGUCCCCAUCCAACAGGAGAUCCUUGUCCUCCAGCGGGAGCAGCAGGGCUGCCAAUACACCUACCGGCUGGAGAAGAAAGUCAUCACUGUGGGCUGCACGUGUGUUGCUCCAGUCAUUCACCACCAGUCCUAGGAGGAGGAAGGCAACACUGGGAAGAAGAAGUAUUUCCUAUGAAUAUCCCUCUGGAGAAAUCCCACAGUAACCCACCUUGCAUCCCAAGCAUUUAACAUGACAUCUCCUUUCCAAAUCUGAGCAGACUGCAUUCUGAAAGUAGUGAUUCUUGCUGUUACGGAUUUUAGAACAGGAAGCACUGGUAACUUGUGAUGGAGGGAGAAAGAUGGUGGAAAUGUUGUCCUUGGAAGUAAGUUGCCCUAAUGCAUACCUGCAAACCAUCACUGCUACAAAAAUCCUUCUCCUGCACCUUCUCUCUCCCUUCCUCAUCUUCUAGCUCCUUUUCGUUCUCUGGCCAUCCUUGCUCACUAGCAUAUUACUAGUGUAAACUGGCCUGAUUUUCAGAUUUUCAUUGCAUUCUGGGUUUGUGUCACUGCUGCUCCAUGGGAAGCAGUGGCUGACUUAAUUCAGAAUAUUCUGGGAGAAAAUUGAGUCCACUUGUAUUGAAUGUUAAAACAGGAAAGAACUAAUGUAUGUUUAUAUUUCUAUUUAUAUUUUCUAUUUAUGAUUGUAUUUAUGGCUUUGUAUGUGCCCAGAGUAUCAAAAAAAACAACUGUUUAUCUGUA